GUGCUCUGCUGUCGAUUCUCUCUGGAUCCUCAGUGCGGGCGAGAGCGGUGGUAAACAUGGCGUCGGAAGGGAUGAUUUUAACCAACCACGACCACCAAAUUCGAGUCGGAAUUCUAACGGUGAGUGACAGCUGCUUCAGGAACCUGGCUGAGGACCGCAGUGGAGUAAACCUUAAAGAUCUGGUCCACGACCCGUCACUGCUCGGAGGCAUCAUAUCUUCCUACAAAAUAGUCCCAGAUGAGAUCGACGAGAUUAAGGAGACAUUGGUGGACUGGUGUGAUGAGAAGGAGCUGAACCUGAUCCUGACCACAGGAGGUACAGGCUUCGCCCCUCGUGAUGUCACUCCCGAGGUACAUGGGGACCCCAAAGUUUGUGUUUGUGUCCAUGCCACCAGAGAAGUGAUAGAGCGCGAGGCCCCAGGGAUGGCGCUGGCUAUGCUGAUGGGCUCCCUUCAAGUCACACCUCUGGGCAUGCUCUCCAGGCCUGUCUGUGGAAUCCGAGGGAAAACCCUCAUCAUCAACCUACCUGGCAGCAAGAAGGGCUCACAGGAGUGUUUCCAGUUCAUCCUGCCCGCUCUGCCCCACGCCAUUGACCUGCUGCGUGACGCGGUGGUGAAGGUGAAGGAGGUUCACGAUGCCCUGGAGGACCUGCCCUCACCCCCGCCGCCCCUCUCCCCGCCUCUCACCCUCAACAGCGUCGCCUGCACCCAGACAGAGGAGAAGGGUGUGCAGUGUGAGGAUGAUGAAGAGGAGAAGAUGAAGGACAUCGGGGCGGCGUCCACCGAGGACCACCACCACACCCACUCCCACCACCGCCACUCCCAUUCCCACGGACACAACUCGCACAUCACCGCUGCCGCCAUCGCUGCUAAGAAGGGGAAGCCCCAGCAGCACCAUAACCAUGCUGUUGUCAUGGCAAAAGGUAGCCACUAUCUACCUGGCCUGCUAUCUGACCUCCCCCCAGCCCCACGUAAUUUCACCUGCUCCUGCUCUGGAGACCAGCCGGGAACGAUCCCAGACAGCAUCAUCUCCAGGGGUGUACAGGUUCUUCCCAGAGACACAGCCUCUCUGAGCACCACACCCUCUGAGUCGCCACGCGCCCAGGCCACCUCGCGCCUCUCCACCGCCUCCUGCCCCACACCCAAAGCCCGGCUCCCCUCCUGCUCAUCCACUUAUAGUGUCUCUGAGGCUGCACGGAGAGAGUUCAGGGCUCACCUGGAUGAGGUCACCACGCUCCAGUCUAGGUACUCUACCUUGGACCAGCUCCACUCUAGGUUGGAGGGGCUCAACGAGGACCACAGAGGCCAUAGCAGGACCUACGACUCGCGAGUUCAGUCACGGUGUGGCAGCAAAGAGAACAUCCUGAGAGCUAGUCACAGUGCAGUGGACAUCACCAAGGUGGCCCGCCGGCACCGCAUGUCUCCCUUCCCCCUCACCUCCAUGGAUAAGGCCUUCAUCACUGUACUGGAGAUGACCCCUGUGCUCGGCACUGAGAUCAUCAACUACAGAGCUGUUCCACCUGACCCAGAUGCUCUCCAUUCCAUCCUGUCUAUCGAUGGGAUGGGUCGAGUCUUGGCGCAGGACGUUUACGCCAAAGACAACCUGCCUCCAUUCCCUGCGUCAGUCAAAGAUGGCUAUGCCGUGCGAGCGGCUGAUGGUCCUGGGGAUCGCUUCAUCAUUGGAGAGUCACAGGCAGGACAGCAGCCCACCCACACGGUGAUGCCGGGUCAGGUGAUGAGGGUGACAACGGGGGCUCCUAUCCCCUGUGGGGCGGAUGCUGUGGUGCAGGUGGAGGACACUGAACUGCUCCGGGAGUCUGAGGACGGCACAGAAGAGCUGGAGGUGCGGAUCUUGGUACAGGCACGCCCUGGACAGGACAUCAGGCCUAUAGGUCAUGAUAUAAAGCGUGGGGAGUGUGUCCUGUCCAAGGGAACCCACAUGGGCCCCUCUGAGAUUGGCCUGCUGGCCACCGUAGGAGUCACUGAGGUGGAAGUGCAAAAGUUCCCCGUGGUGGCUGUCAUGUCCACUGGCAACGAGCUGUUGAACCCAGAGGAUGACCUGCACCCAGGGAAAAUCCGGGACAGUAACAGAUCUACACUGCUGGCCACCAUUCAGGAGCACGGAUAUCCUACCAUCAACCUGGGCAUCGUCGGAGACAACCCAGACGACCUCCUCAAUGCCCUGAACGAGGGCAUUAGCCGUGCUGAUGUCAUCAUCACCUCAGGGGGCGUGUCCAUGGGAGAGAAGGACUACUUGAAGCAGGUGCUGGACAUUGACCUCCAUGCCCAGAUCCACUUUGGACGGGUCUUUAUGAAGCCAGGUCUUCCCACCACGUUCGCCACUGUAGACAUUGACGGGGCACGGAAACUGAUAUUUGCUCUACCAGGUAAUUUCACCUUCAGAGACACAGGCGCCAUUCGCAUCGACCCUGUGCCCGACAGUGAGGCAAGCAGGGUGCCCAUGCCACCGCCCCCGCGCGGAAGUAACCCAGUGUCUGCUGUCGUCACCUGUAACCUCUUCGUCAUCCCUGCUCUGAGGAAGAUGCAGGGGAUCCUGGACCCUCGACCCACCAUCAUCAAAGCCAGGCUGUCCUGCGAUGUAAAGUUGGACCCUCGUCCAGAGUACCACCGCUGCAUCCUGACAUGGCACCACCAGGAGCCUCUGCCAUGGGCACAGAGCACAGGAAAUCAGAUGAGUAGUCGACUGAUGAGCAUGAGAAGUGCCAACGGGCUGCUGAUGUUGCCUCCUAAAACAGAGCAAUACGUGGAGCUGCAUAAAGGAGAGGUUGUGGAUGUGAUGGUCAUAGGACGACUAUGAUGAUGUCAUCUUACAGGGACAGAUAGAUAGACAGGAAGAGGAAGUGGUGCAUGUCCACAUAUCAUAACUAUUCUGUAAUAUGUAACGGCACAGCUAGUUUUUAUUGAUUUGGAUAAUAAAGUUGAUCAAGUAUAAUUAAUCACGAACACAAAAUAAAAGAGUACAUACAUUGAUCAUGAAAAUAUUAAUUUGAAAAGAUCAUUGUAUUUCAAAGACAAAAUGUAAUACCUUUUAAAAGUGGAGAAAAAAUAUAUAUAAAACAUAAGAGAUUUAUUCUGUAAUAUAUUAUAUUAUUAUUAUAAGUAUCAUGAUUAUUAUGAUAAUUAUUAAUAUUAUAUUAUCAUAUUAAGCAACUCUUGUUUCUCUUUCAUCCUUGCAAUUGCUUUGUGUGUUCAACCCUAGACCUUAUAGAUAGAUAGCAGUAGCAUUUCAAUAGGAAGCUGUAGGUGCUUAACAGGAUUAAAAAAGAAAGCCUAAUUUCUUAUCUCACAAAAAGGUUAAAAAUACAUCUUUUUUUUUACAACGAAAACCCUUUUGAGAUUGUCAGAAUUCCCCCUUGGUCUAUGUUCCGAUUCUCCACCCUUCUCCUAAAGUGUGCACUUGCACACUCCCAGUCAUUUAAAUGCAUGGGUUUGGUGUAGGCAUUGGCUGGAGGGAGUUUCCACCAUUUGCUAAAUCAAUGCAAGAAAGUACAUUUACAUUUACAUUUAAGUCAUUUAGCAGACGCUCUUAUCCAGAGCGACUUACAAAUUGGAGUAUACAGGAAAAGAGUGGAGAAUCAGGAUGUAACCUUGGUGCUCUGGCUUGAUAGGAGGAGUGCUUUCAGGAUCCUGAGGGUGCCUUUAGGUGACAGCUAUCUUAACCUCCCUUUAGUAUUCUUCUCUUCUAUGCCACAUUAUAUGGGCUUCAUUAUGCUUCAUAAUGGCUUCACACAGCUUUGCUUGUCGUUUAUCUUGUGAGUCGUGUUUAUGUGCGCAGUGCCAAAAGUGUCGGGCAUCAUGAUGAGAACUGGGCCUGUAUUUAUAAAGUGGCUCUGAGUAGGAGUGCUGAUCAAGGAUCAGGGCCCGUAUCCACAAAGCAUCUCCGUGUAGGAGUCCUGAUCUAGGAUCUGUCCAUAUAAUCUUAUUCAUGAUGAUCUAAAAUACAAAACGGAUCCUAGAUCAGAACUCCUACUCUAGGAUUCUAAGCAUUUCGCCUCACCUGCUUUAUCAUCUGCUAAUCUGUGUACGCGACAAAUUAACUUUGAUUUGAUUUUUAUUUUAGAUGCUUUGUGGAUGCAGGCCCAGGUCCCCCCGGUCUAUAUAAUCUUAUUAAUGAUGAUAUAUAAAACUAAACUGAUCCUAGAUCAGCACUCCUACUCCUUUAUGAAUACAUUAAAGGUGGAAGAAGUCAGCGGCCCCGCUUCGUCAGUCUAACCUCACCUGGUACUAAAGUCCCACCCAGAGAUAUGUAUAUCCUGGCUCUGGUUCCACCCUGUCCCCUACCCUUCUACUCUACCAACACCCCACUCUCCCCCCACCCUCACCCUUCCAGGACUGCUCACCUCACACACACUAGUACAGAUAGGUGAGGGACCUGGAGUAGGGAGAACUUUAUUUUAUUUGUUUAAUUUCAGAAGGAAGAAACAGCUUAUUUAAAGUGCUGACUGCCUUUUUAACAACUAUUAAAACAAUGUACAGAAAAAUAAAUAAAUAAAAAAGAGUGAUAUUGUACAGAUAUUAUGGUGACCAGCACUCCUAAAGAAAUUAAUGAAGCAAUGAGGAGAUAUUGAACUCUGUACUAUAAAAAAUUCUGUAACAAUAUUGAUGAAACUGAUGAAAAAUUAAAAAUCCUUGAUCAUUAUGUAAAACAA